AAGGAAGAAAUGUGUUCCACAUUCAUUUAGUUUUGGCCGUCAUAAGGGAACCAUCAAAAUACUCAACACACGUUCGAUAGUGAAGUGUUCACCCUUGUCUGCUACAGUUGGUUGUUUGUAAUUUGCUGCAAAAAUGAAGUAAUACGCACGGGCGGUUUAUUAUUACGCUGACCAAUAAGGAUGAAAUAAACUCUGUUGUCUGCUGCCAGCAGUGCAUGGAAAGUUGCUUAUGACAUAACUCUGCGUCGUGGUGGUCCGUGCGUCCUGCUGUUGAUUGUAAAUCAAACGAUCUAGCCUGCAGAAAGACAAGAUCCUCCAAUUCCGUUUGUCAACAGCUGCAAUCGUGAUAUUUGUAGUGAGCUGAGCCGUAAAUGAACGCGACAUACCGUGCAUCCAUUGCCCUUCGACGUGUCUAGAAUCAAGAAGCAGCAGCAAGUCAGCGCACUAUGUCGUUGGCCGCCGUAUUUGUGCGCCGCGCGCAGAACUUUAUAAAUGUGCGAUAUGCGCGUCUUCUCUGCACUCAAGUCAUUUCACCAUCGUUAUCAAAAGAAAAUUUCGACUAUGAUCUUGUGGUCAUCGGUGGAGGUUCGGGAGGUUUGGCGUGCGCCAAGCAGGCCGUCCAACUUGGUGCCAAGGUGGCGGUACUGGACUUUGUGAAGCCGUCACCGCGCGGAACUAAGUGGGGCCUUGGCGGGACGUGCGUUAAUGUAGGCUGCAUUCCGAAGAAGUUGAUGCACCAAGCUUCGCUGCUGGGCGAAGCUAUCCACGAUUCGCAACCGUACGGGUGGAAGUUCGCUGAUCCGAGCUCGGUGCGACACGACUGGGCCACACUCACCGAAUCGGUGCAGAACCACAUCAAAUCGGUCAAUUGGGUGACGCGGGUCGAUUUACGCGACCAAAAGGUGGAGUACAUCAACGGUCUCGGUUACUUCAAGGAUGCGCACACUGUGGUGGCCCUGAUGAAAAAUCAAAGCGAGCGGGAGCUGCGCACCAAGUACGUCGUGAUCGCGGUUGGUGGACGGCCUCGCUACCCCGAAGUUCCCGGUGCAUCAGAACACUGCAUCACUAGCGACGAUGUGUUUAGUUUGCCCCAGGCUCCAGGCAAGACACUGCUCGUCGGCGCUGGUUACAUCGGGCUCGAAUGUGCCGGUUUCCUCAAGGGACUCGGGUACGACGUGACGGUGAUGGUACGUUCGAUCCUGCUCCGUGGAUUUGACCAGCAGAUGGCCACCAUGAUUGGUGACUCUAUGGUUGAGAAGGGCAUCAAGUUCCACCACAAGACACGUCCGCUGGCGGUCGAGAAGCAGUCGGAUGGGCGACUGCUUGUGCGCUACGAAACGGAUGGUGCCGGGGCGGGCGAGGAGACGUUCGAUACUGUGUUGUUUGCGAUUGGUCGCCAGGCCGAGACGGGCACACUGAAGCUGGACCGCGCCGGUGUCGUAACGGCCGACGGUGGCAAAUCGGAUAAGAUCGACGUGAACGGCGAGGAUCAGACGAACGUGCCGAAUAUCUAUGCGGUCGGUGAUGUACUGUAUCGCAAACCAGAGCUGACUCCUGUAGCGAUCCAUGCCGGGCGCAUCAUUGCUCGACGGUUGUUCGGUAACUCCGACGAAACGAUGGACUACAAAGAUGUGGCAACAACCGUGUUUACGCCCCUUGAGUAUGGGUGCGUCGGAAUGAGCGAAGAGAACGCAGAGGCUGCUCACGGCAAAGACAACAUCGAGGUUUACCAUGCUUACUACAAACCAACCGAAUUUUUCGUUCCGCAGCGGUCUGUUCGCUACUGCUACUUAAAGGCGGUGGCGCUUCGCGAAGGCGACCAACGUGUGUUGGGACUGCACUUCCUAGGACCGGCCGCCGGCGAGGUAAUUCAGGGCUUUGCGGCUGCUUUGAAGUGCGGGUUAACGAUGAAAAUUCUGCGCAAUACUGUCGGUAUUCAUCCUACGGUCGCCGAAGAGUUUACACGUCUCGCGAUUACCAAGAGCUCUGGGCUUGAUCCUACACCGGCCACCUGCUGCAGUUAAAUUAAAUCAAUCAAUCCAUCAAACAACUCAAAUAUGCGACGCCGUUUGCCACCAAAAUAGCCGUUAAUAAUUAGCCAGCCGUUUGCCAGCCAUGAGGUAAAAAAAUGUAAAAAUUCAUUAAUACACCCCCACAUACACACCCACGUUAACUAGGGCAUGUACCCAAGAUGAGAAACAUAAAAAGACGAGGAACAACUCACACCAAGCCAGGAACUAUUUUGGGUUAAGACCAGAACCAGUUUUGUGUGCUAAGAGAAUUAAAACAAUACCAUUUCGAGAAUAUCAAAGUUGCGCAAGGAAAUGAAAGUUACAUCAAAUCAAAUCAAUUUUUUGGGCGUGUUCAGUUAGAUGAUAUAGUUUCCUCUGAAAGCAAAAGCAAAUAAAGUAAAUUAAAUAUUAAAUUUCAAAAGUAGGCGUUCCAAUAACCACGCGGUCGAAGGCCGGAUGCAGGGUUUCUCAAUAAAAUUGAGCUUGUGUAAUUUUAUAGAAAACAAGUCUUUUUUGAAAGACAUAAGAGAAAAUCGUUUGAGAAGUGCAACCGUAAAAUAUUCAAAGUUCGUUUGGACUGUAAGAACUGUUCAUACUUUCUUGUAAACCAUCUGAGCUUGUAAUUAUUAUAUCGUCUGUGAAAGUAAUUCAAUAAAUUUUUCUUGUAAUAAUGC